AUGACCAGGAAACUGCAAACUCCAGCUGUGGAAGAUGGCAAGAGCAGAAAAAGGCUUCUGAAACCAGUUGUGGAGAAGAAGAGACGGGACAGGAUCAAUCAAAGUCUCGCUGAACUGAGAAGUCUGCUGUUGAGUCACACAUCUGAUCCACGGCUGCAGAAUCCUAUGGAGAAAGCAGAGAUUCUUGACUUGGCUGUGGAAUAUCUACAAAAGUGGACAUAUGGGAAGACUGUGAGCAAUGACUCUACCAAUAAUCGCAUGAAGACUCAUCCUCCUGCGGUCAGCCUUCAUCACCCGGAGUCCGAUGCUCCUGCUGCCUUUACCAUGGAGAGUGCAGGUUUUCAGCAGUGCGUGGCCCAGCUGAGCAGCUACAUGAACCAAAUAACACCGUCACAGAGAGCGAGCCUGAUCGAGGGGCUGAAACAUCACACCGAGAGCCAGCAGGCGAACAGCAUGAAAGCAGACUUCAGCCAGAGGACGACUGAGGCUGAGACAGCUAAACAGCCUCAUGCAACAUCUGCGGACUCCAUCUGCACAUCUGAGAGGAGAGGAGAGUCUCCUAAGUUACUCUUUCCAUCUCACUCCCCAUUCCAGCCUCAGUCUUGCUCCACGCCAUGCCACGACUAUCUGUCCCCCCCUCCCUCUCCCUGGCUUUCUCCCUCUUUCUCCACAUUCGCCACCUCCCCUCCUUUCCCGUCAUUUGCCUCUCACUUCUCCUUCCCCCCAAGCCUGUCACCUCUCUCUUCCAACACCUCCUUCUUUAGCUUCUCGCCCACCAUUCCUCACUCCAGCCCUCCUGUUCUCCCCUGCCCCCCUCUCCACACGUGGAGAUCCCCUCCACACCCUGCACCGAGGGAGGGGUCACCAUCAAACUCCUCUUCAUCCUUGUGGAGACCUUGGUUUUGA